CAGUAAUUUCAAUUCCGAUUAUUCAAUCAUGGGUGAUAGUAAAUAUAUUGGGCAUUGCGUUUUAGACUUCUUGUUCAGUGAUUGAAGCAACAGUCGUAAAUGACUUGAAGUUCAUCUUGCUUGAGGCAAGGAACCUAUAAAACCUUUGCUCUUGUUUCUGUUAAGAUGACAGAUUCAAGCGAGCCCCAGUAUCCAGGAAAAAGAACUCAGCAAUUUGAAACAGAACCUCAACAAUCUGAACAAGUCUGCAAUUUCUUUAGGAAGCCAACAAAGGGCAAAAACAUAAGGAAAAGGACAACAAAUGGAGAUGAAGACUCCAGAAAUGGCACAUCUCUGUUGCACAAUCAGAAAAAGGAUUUGAAGCCUGACAAUAUGUUAUGCUUUUCAACUGGAUCCUCCGGGAGUGCUGCUCCCACUGAAUCAAAUACAGAAUCUGACAAACUGAUUUUUCAAUUUAAGUCUUUGAAGGAAAUUCAAGUUCAAAAUGAUAGCAGAGCUACAGCAACCUUAGAAACUGAGACUGAGUUUACAAAAGAUGCUCGUGCGAUACAUGAAAAAGUUCUUAAACGAGCAGAGGAGUCUUUCAAGGGGAAAAACACAAGCUCUGGGGAAGAGAAGUUGUAUAAAGGAAUGCAUGGCUAUGUGGAUCAUAAGGCUGGGUUUCAAAGAGAGCAAACAGGUGCCAGUGAGAAAGCUGGUGGCUCACAUCGACCUAUUAGGGCUUCUGCCCACAUCAGUGUUUCAGCAAGAUUUGAUUAUCAGCCUGACAUCUGUAAAGACUACAAAGAAACUGGUUACCGUGGUUAUGGAGAAUCAUGUAAGUUUAUGCAUGAUAGUGGAUACUACAAGUCUGGAUGGCUGUUAGAAAAGGACUUGGAAGAAGCACAGAAAGCAAGGAAGAGAAAUCUGGCUUUGGGUGGCGAUGAUGAUGAUGAUGAGGCAGGGGUAGACCAGAGUGAUGAUGACGAUGAUGAUUCGUUGCCCUUUGCAUGUUUUAUUUGCCUGCAGCCUUUUGUGGAUCCUGUUGUUACUACGUGCAACCACUACUUCUGUGAGCAUUGUGCUCUAAAGCAUCAUGCAAAGAAUAAGAAAUGCUUUGUAUGCAACUAACCCACCCUUGGCAUUUUCAAUACUGCUCACCAGAUAAGUAUCCAUUGAUGCUUUGCUUCAACUCCUGCUGUCACGAACACUUUUAUUUCUUUGUUUAGUGUUGUAGUGGAAGAUUCACUUGUCUGAAUACCUGAUUAAUCGAAAUCAUUUCCCUGCUUGAGCUUGGUGGAAUUUUGGAAUGAUGAGCUCUUUAAAAUCAUUGUUGCUGCAGGCAUGUGCGUUAGAAUUUAGGUAAGCAUUUUUUCUGCGUCAUUCCACAACUGACUUAUGAGUUGAGUUAUUGUAUUAAGCAGAGUAAGUUUUAAGUUUUUACAUGCAGUUCCAAGAGUUGUCGAAAACAACUGAAUGAGUAGACAACUGUAAAACUUGUGAUUUAUAUACAAAAUUGGCAUUCCUAAUAUGCCAACAAACCCUAUUGCUGCCUUUAACCCAUGAAGUAGCAUUUCUUCUACCUAGAGAUAGCAGUGCAAUCCAGUAUUAACUUUCCAAGAAUCAGCAUCCAACUUCACAACCUUCGUAAUGGCCUUGAAUUCAGCCUGAUCAGAUCAGAAUCCAGGUCUCGAUGACACAUACUGGUAGGAUCUAGGAUGUUACUUCAAAGAGUUUAAGAAUGUUGGAUUGCAGGUAGUUUCAAUUGGGUAGGGAUGGCUAGUGGAAGCUGUGAUUUUUUGUGGUAUCCAAUUCCAAAGCAUAGAAAACAUUAAUGAUUGGUUUUCUUCCUGGAAAAAUACAGGUCCUGCAUUAAAUUAAAAAAAAAAGUGAAAUUAGGUAGCAAACCUAAACUUAAACUCAAGAAAUAGUAAUCUUUUUGUUUCCUUUUUUCCCUCUAAAAUUUUCUUUUUUAGCAUGAGUUUUUGUUUUCUUGUUUCCCUGUAAAAUUUUCAAAUGACUGAAUUCAUAAGAAUAAACUAUUUUUCUAGUUGAUACUUACAUUUGUAGUUAGAGAAGGAUUCAAAUGAGCAAGAACUCAGGGCCGCACGAGGACACUUGUAGGAGAAAGCCUCUAGCGGCAAAGUCUUCAUAUAUGCAUGAUCACUCUGUCCAAUGUGGCUUUUGUCAACCCCAAAGUCAUCAGAUAUCUUUUUACCUGCACCAAUCUUCUAAACAUAAAUUCUGAGCUAAUACUCAAAAUAGGCUAAAUGUCAGAAGGCUUGACAACCUUCCUGGUUUACAGCAUCAAGGUGGCUACUAGAGAAAAUACUACCUAUAAAAUGACCAGUGAUUGAAAGAUAGCAUGUCGUCUAUUACUUCAUCUUUUAAUUAUGGAUUAGUGGCUAUAUCAGAACACUUAGCACAUCAAUGUGAAUAUUGGCUAUUUAGUUAUGACGCUUUAUUUCUAUUAGAUAGAGAAUAAGUUACUGAAAGGAUUCAUUGGCAUUCUAGAGAAGUGAGUAUAUAUAAGUUACUGAAUGUAUUGCCCUCAUGUUUUUGUUUAGUCAAGGUCUAUUCUACAUGCAAAUCAAUCAUAUAGCAAUAAAGCUUACAACAAACCAUUUGUUUUUGUCUGUGGGAGUGCUGAAGCAAAGAAACAAAAGAUGAUAUGGGAUUAAAGUUGAAUAAAAUAAUAAAGGAAAUAUAUCAAUCUUUCUCGCCAUGGUCAAAUCUAUAGUUGUUAGGGACAAUAAAAUACUAUCAAAGUUAGUUCGGAAUUGUCGAGCUUGAUACCUGGAACUGGAAGCUUUGUUAUUUUCUUUUCGUUGUUUUUUUCUCUGUAGUGAUGUAGCAGUUAAUAAAGGAAUAAAGCAUCUUAGCUUGAGCUUGGUCUGUGAAGAUUUUUCUGUGUUAGGAGAUGUACUUUCUAGUUUUGGCAGCUAAAGUGGUAGGCGUAGUCAUUGUUGUACAUGCCAUGGCUUAUAUCAAAUACCUGCACGGCAAAUAGUUGAGUUGAAUACUUGAUAUUGUUGAUGUAAUUCCUGGUCUGAUAGUCGAAAGUUUUACUGGAGGUUGAGAAGGAGAGUUUGUGUGACCUAUCACAUGGUAGGAAGUCAGUGUGCCAAAAAUGUUAUUUUGAGGCAUUCCCCAACGCUCAAGUUAGUAAGGUAUACCACAAGCAAGUAAAUGAGAGAGAGUAAGAAGCAGUUAAAGAGAGUAGAGAGAGUUCAGUAGUGAAUCAUCUGUCUGGUCUGGUUCUACUUUUUAUACCUUUUAGAUGAUGACGUCGCAAACUGGGUUUUCAUGUGUAAGACCUACUAUGUGGCUGCUAAUAUGAUCUCUUAGGUAUAACAAUA